CCAUAUUUUGAUGACGUACUUCACAUUGGUCAUCAGACAGAAAGAAAAAUAAUUGUAUAAAAUUGCGAAAUUUUUAUGAACCAGGACAGCAACAGAAGUAUGUUCCCACAGAAUAAGGGCAGUUUUACCUAGGAUCAAUAUCUCCUAGAAGAGCAGAAGGUAUCCAUGGGUCAGGGACAAAGCCUGCGUGAGAACGUCCCCUCACAGGUGGUGUGGGUGCAUGAUAAACUGAGGAACCAAGCCUCACAGCUCAAGGAAAUAGCUGCACUGAGUUAUGAAGAAUUCCUGGAGGCUGUGAGACAAGUAAAUGAAAUUACAGAGGCAUUUACAGAUGACACUGGGAAGAAGUUGGUAUUCCAGGUAAAACCAGGCACUGAUUCUACUCUGCUAUGGAAGGCUGCUGUCAGGAUUAGGUGCAUGAAGGUCAUGUCAGAGAGUGGUCAUGUGGAGUCUACCAGGAUACUGAACAUCAAGCAGUUUGUACGUCUGUAUCAUGAGAUUAUUGCACAAGCUGAGUCAUCUUCCUUGAACACAGACCCUAAGAGGACAGCUCUCACUGCCUCCAUUAUACUGUCAGAAGCUGACAGUUUGUCAUGUGCAUCUGAGGAAGCCAAUGAAUGUAUUAUUUGUAUGGAGAGAAAAGCUGAUGUCAUAUUACCAUGUGCUCACCUGUACUGUGAACAGUGUAUUGACAGGUGGAGUGUGUCAAGCCAUACGUGUCCCGUGUGCAGAGCCACAGUAAGCAGUACAGAUGAGACCUGGGUGCUAACAGAGAAACCAGACUCCUCCCAGAUGGCCUCAGAGAUGAAGGGCUAUGUGUUGGGUCUGGCUGACCGUGUAGGGAAACCACAAACAGAAGAUGAUGAGGAUGAUGAAGAGGAAGAAGAUUGGUAGUUAGAUGGUCUUUGCACUGAAGGAAUGGAGCUGUUUUAAGGCUCCUGAAUGAUGACUUGAAUUUUCCAUUUUUCUUCCUUUUAUCUUACUAAAAUGUCACCUUGAGUUGAACUAAUAUUUUUUGCUAAAUGUGAGAUCAGUGCCAUAUUCCCUUAUAAGCAGAGGAUCUGGGAAUGACACCAAAUGGAUGUCUGAUUCACAGAUUUUUUAAAUCAAAAAUCCAAUUUUUAUUGGCAUUUUUACAACUUAACCCCCCCCCCCUCCCCACCACCACCAUCAUAAUGCCACAGAACAUUUAUUCCCACUAUUUUUACAACCCAAAAUCAUGUUCAAACAAAGCGCAUUUUUUUUUUUUUUUUUUUGGACGGAUGGGCUGUCCCCCAGGUCUUCUGACAGUAGGGCAACAGGGGUGGAGAAUAAAAGGCAGGACUUGAUGUACCCAUCAGAAUUAUUUGCCAGGCAUUAGUGAUUUCUGUGGUCAUGGAACUAAAAUUUAAGUUGUACUUGCCCACAAGAGAAAGUGACAUGCUAAUGGAUCAUUUGUAGAGUGCCUGAGUGAACAGGGGCUCUGUGUUUAUAACUACAACAUUUUAUUAUUAUAUGUUUAUGUGCUUAGGUGCUUAAUUGAAGUAUUACAGGUAAUACCUACAUUUGAAUGCUUUCAAAAAUAUGGUUAUAAUCAGUGAACAGAUCUUAAAAUUGUAUAUUUUAUGUUCUAGCAAAAUGCAAGUAAAUUAUUCACCUCACUGAUUUAAGUAAAGUGGAAACACAUUAUGCAUAAUAUAAGUUUAUUCUGUAUGAUUACUGUGGUGGAACAGGGGUGGGGUGUAUUUGUUGUUUGUUUUGUAUCACCAACCUUUGGCCUCGAAAAAGAAAAUAGGUGACAGUAUAACAUAUCAAACAAAGCAAAAACCAACAAAAAUCAAUCCCUGUGCCCUACAAAUUAUGAUGAAAAAAACUUGUCCACUGUUUUAUAUUUGCCUCAUUCUGCCUACCAUUUAUUUUUCACCAAAUAUGGUGAAAAAAAGAGACUCAGUCUGAUGCUUCAGUUGAAGCCUACAAUGACUUAUUUAAAGUGUGCUAUCAAAAUGUUGGCUGUAUAUAUCUUAAUGCACACUAUAACUUACUUGAAGUAUACUUUUAGAAUAGAAGAUGUACAAAUAUUUACAGCACAUAUCCAGGUCUUCAGUAAAUGGUAUCCUGUCUUGGGCUUUUCUUGGCGGAAUAAAUUUUCCUUAAAAACAAAGAAUAAAAAAAAAGCAAUUUUCCAUUGCUCAACCCAUCCCUGCAUUUGGAUUUAUAGUAUUUUAUCAUAUCUAAUUAAGUUAUAUAGUUCUAAAUGACUGACAGUCAUUGAGACCUUGUCUUACUGUACAUUUCAGAUGGAAAUAUCCUCAUCAGAUACUUUUAUGUCAGGGGUUUUAUCACUCAAAGGUCUGACAUUGGGAAUGAUUUUGGAAGUGAUCUAAUAAAGAUAGCAUACCUUUUAACUUCUUUACCUGGCAUUUAAAUCAAUAUUUGGAUUUUCAAUGUCUUGUUUGCGUUAAUGGUCAAUCAAAUGUGAAACUGUGCAAUAAGUCUUGUACUCAGUUAUUGUAUUUGCUUUUUGUUUGACAUUCAAGAAAUGUUUAUUGUUUCAUAAGUAAAUUUAUUAAUGAAAUUUGAUACAGUUAAGUUACCUGGUGCAGAGCUUCACCAUAAAUAUGUCAUGAUGAAUGACAAUAUUAAUUACAACAUUAAAAGCAGUGAUUAAUUGUUCAAAGUAGAUUGUGUUGUCCCAUAAGUGUUCUUUGUAAACUUUCUAUAAGUCAUUUCAUGUUAAGUUUAUUUACUGGAGGCCUCAAGGCAGGGCUGGAUUCAUGCAGACUACUGUAAGCACAUGUUAAAGCCACUAUGGCUCAGGGGGGCACCAAACUUCCAGAGUUAAAAAUAAACAAAUGAAAGGUGGAAAAAUUCACCUAAAAUUAAGGAAAGUGAUAUUUGGAUUGCAGAGAGAAAAGAACAAUUAAGUACAAAUAUAUAAUAAGUACAUAGCAAUGGGAUGAGAUAUUUGGAUGGCAGAGAGGACAGAACAAAACAUUUAUAUUAUAUUAGAGCAGUGAGAUUUUUAAUAUGUAAAUCAUGCAGCACAAUAUACCUGUCCUAGUAUGAGAGAGCACCAUUGAGUUGGGAAGGCUGGGGACACUGAAUUCAACCCUGCAUGUAUGAAUAAUCCUGGGCUUCACUGAAUUAAUGGCAUUAUAAUGUUCCAAAAGUAAAUUUUAAAGCUGUGGGAAAACUGUGAUAUUUUUAUUUAUCAAUAAGCAUAUAUCGAACAAUUAUGAAUGGACUUUCAGCACAGAUUAUUGAGAGCGAUGUGAUUUCAUAAUUUUAUUUUUUUAUAAUUUUGAUUUCUUAGGCAUACAAUUAUAAUUCAUUCAUGUUAAUAUAUAUGCAUGUAUUUUUCAUUUUUGUGAAAUAUAUCUCACUUAAAAUGAUAUGCCUCUUUUCCAUAAUUUUAAGUCAAUGGUUCAUAGAGUGUAAUAAUUCCAAAAAUUCUGUUGUACUUUUCAAAUAGUUGACACUAAUGUUUCCAAGCAAGACUGAAUAGUCGGUCUCUAACACUGCUAUUCAUGUUUUCCCUUCCAUUGUACUAGUUCAAUAUACAUACAUGUAUAUAAUGUAAAAUAUAGGCAAAGAAAAUGUAAUUAAAAUUAAUAGGAGUACAGGAAGAGCAUUAUUUGGCCUGUUUCCAAGCAUAUGACAUAUUGUCAUUAGUUAUACGAUUGCUCCUACUCAAAAAUUGUAAUAUUUACCGAAAAUAAAAUGU